AUGUCGAGGAAUGGCUACUACUUUAUGAGCGCAUCAGCACGCACAACCGGUGGGACCCAACCAUCAUGCUCGCCAACGUGAUUUUUUACCUCAAAGAUACAGCCCGAACCUGGUUUUUAACGCAUGAAGAAGGCAUCACCUCGUGGGACACGUGCAAAGAACAACUCCAACACCUUUUUGGCGACCCGAUCGGACGAAAGCUCUCGGCUAAGCGGAAGCUUGCUUCGCGCGUGCAGACACCCACAGAAUCAUACAUAGCGUACAUCCAAGACAUCCUUUCGCUCUGCCAAAAAGCUGACCCCAACAUGCCUGACUCUGAAAGAGUGCCUCACAUCUUGAAAGGCAUUGCAGAUGAUGCAUUUCAACUUUUAGUUUUCAAGGAUUGCGCAACAGCAGAUGCAGUUAUCAAGGAGUGCCGUCGAUUCGAAGAGGCGAAAAAACGUCGCAUCACAGCGAAUUUCAUCCGCCUCCCGAACACAGCACCAACAUCAUCAUGUGAGGACCCAACUUCUCAGAGUCAUCAUAUAGCAAAAAUUGUCCGACGUGAACUUGAAGCAAUGUCGCCUUCCAGUUCUCUACAUGCACCUGCUUAA